UUCAAUAUUCAUCUCUGUUUUUCUCUGUCAUUCCUCUGUUUAUAUAUUCUAUCAACGAAAUCUUCGCCAUUUUCUCCGACAACAUUAUCUCUUCCAUUUCCAUUCUUUCAAUUUCAAUUAUUACCAAAUCAUUAUUCUUCUCACUCUUUCACACGCUAGUAAUAAUCACAAUUAAUAUAUCACCAUUCAUAUCUUUCUCUCUCGUUUUCCGGGAAAAAUCAACAUUUUCCUUGAAACGGGAGAGGCGGAGACGGGAUUCAUUGGAAGACCCUUGUUGAUGAAACAUUGAAUAAUCCAAUUGGGUUUCUGAAAGUUGGGUUCUUUUUUUUUAAUGAUUGGUUAGAUUUUAUUUUUGUAUGAGAGGAUAUAGGAAAGAUGGAAGGGUUCGUGGAGAUUGAGGUUCAUGAGUCUUGUUUGUGUUUGGAGGAUGAGGUUGAUGUUACGUAUGAAUUUGAUGCUCCUAUGUUUUUUGAUUUUACGAAACCGGAAUCGUUUUUGGAUGAUUGUGAAGCGGAACAAUGGUUUGAAUUUGCAACAAGUUAUCCACCUUCACCAUUUGUAUCCAAGCUUAAAUGGGGAAAUGGUGGUGAUAUAGAAAAUGAGAAUGGAUGUGUUGAUCCUCAACAAGUUUCAACAAUGGAAGACAAUAAUAGCAGAGGAGUUAAAAAUUGCUAUAAAAAAUCACAAGAUACUUUAGACAGUAAGGUAAAGACUCUAAACAGGUUAAGUUCAGCAAAAUCUAAAGUUUUUACAUUUAUGAAGCCAACUGCAAGUCAUUUGGCCAAGCUGAAGAACCCUCCAGAAGUUCAAACCUCUCAACAUUUCAGAAGUAGGAAUCAGGAAAAAAGUUCUUCAUCUAUAGACUGUCCAUUAACCAAAAGGCAGAAGCUUGAGGCCGGUUACUUGCGCAAGGCUGCACACUUGAAGCAUCAAACUCUUCUUAUACAUAAGAAAAAUAAAGCGGUUGAUCGUGCCGAUUUAAAUUUAGCCUCUAAACCGAAUGCUACUGUUCCUAGAGAACCUAAUCUCCAAACAGCACUCAGAGCACAAAGACACAAGUCUAGAACUAUUACUGAAUCCGGUGAACAUACAAAAUCGGGUUUUCAGGUACCUAAAGUGCGGUCCUUAACUAAAAAAGGUGGAGGUACUUUGAACACAAGUUCCAUCUCAAAUAGUGAAAUCAGGACAAGCUCAAGACAGGAGAACUGCAGAAUGAUUAGCAAACUCCGAGCUAGCACCGAUGAUAAGAAACUCGCUAGUAAAGGAGAAAGAGGUGUUUUUCGGAAUAUCAAAGUAUUUCCGUUGGAAGAAAACGACAAGAGAUUUCAAGAUGAACCACCAACAGAAUUACUUAGCAAGCUCUCUCUAACUUCUGAAGCCAAACAAACUGCAAAAUCACAAACAACGGAUAAAUCAAUUUCUAAGAGCUCGAAAGAGAAUAGAUGUGAAUCGCCGCGCCAAGAGCACGAGAUGAUGAAUUUGGUGAAAGAAGAAAUUCAGAGAUUAUGUGGCAAGCAGUAUCAAUGUGCUCAAGAAAUGGGGUCCCUUGUGACAAUGCAGACAUGUAAGUUGGAAGUCGGACACUGAUCGAAAAUAGAGUCACGAUUCUUCCCAUUGGUGCUCUUUAGUCUAGAUACAUUUGCUUAAACUUACAUAAAAGAUUCCUCCAAUAAUUGGAAGACAUUUCAAAAGGUUCUUAUUUGCUAUUAGGGAAGAAGUUCCAAAAAUGAACCAAAUAAUUCCGUUGUACAAGAAAGUAAUAGACCAUUGGAAACUCUCUAAUGUCGAUUUCCUUUCACGUUAAUUCUAUGUGUAAAGAAAGUUACAAAAUGCAGUGUGAUAAUGUUUGAGGCAUAUGAAUAAAAUACUUGUAAAUUGCCACUGGUUACUGAAGUUUGUAACACAAUAACUUGGAUUUUUGCACUACUACCCAUUAGAUGUUAGCUUAAUAUUAAGUUUGAUUUUAA